GCAGGCUACCGCUGCUUCAAGGCCAUCAUGUUCCUCUCGGGGCUGCUGUUGGGCUCCGCCGUCAUCUUCGCGCUGUGCUACAAGGAGCGGGUGCUGGAGACGCAGCUGAGCCUGGAGGUGAGCGCGGGCAUCGCGCUGGGCAUCGGCGCGCUCUGCGGGCUGGUGACCGCGCUGGUGCGCAGCGUGGGGCUCUUCACCACCGGGCUGCUGCUGGGGCUGCUGCUGGCCACGGCCGCGCUGGUGGCCACGGCGCCGCUGCUGCAGCCGCAGAGCCCCUGGGUGCCGGCGGGCAGCCUGCUGGGGCUGGCGCUGCUCUGCGCCCUCCUGGCCCUGCACUGGCAGAAGCCGCUGACCGUGCUGGCCACGGCCGUGUUCGGGGCGGCCGUCGUGGCGGUCUGCGUGGAUUACCUGGUGGAGACGCUGGCCCUGGUGCUCUACGUCUACGACCGGCUGCGGUUGGCGCCGCCGGCGCCGCUGUGCUGGUACAGCUGGGCCGUGCUGGGCGCCUGGCCCGCGCUCAGCGUCCUCGGGGUCCUGCUGCAGUGGAAGCUGACGGCCGAAGGCUUCUCCCACACCGACGGUGAGGGGGGGCGGGGGGGCUGA